AUGCAAGGCGCCGACGGAAAUUACUGCCCAUUGAAAGAUCUUUGGUGGAAUAUGGGCCUCUUCGACCGCACAGCUUUCCUAGUUAUUUUAGGACUUGCAUCCAGGGUACUGAAUCUAUUGACUUGUUCUGAGAGCAAAGAGCACCCCGAAGCAACCACAUAUUACACCAAGUCAGUACGGGCUCUCCAGAGAAGAAUAGAAAAUGCAGAGGACCGAUUAAGUGAAGGUGUUAUUGUUACGGUUCUCGAAUUUGCGUACUACGAUAAUCUCUCACGGUGGCUCAUCCAUAUGAACGGUGUUAGUGCUAUCAUUCAUGAUCGUGGGGGUACUGAAACUCUGAAAUCUUCCUAUAUACAUAUCAGGAUCGAUGUUUCGGGCUCUUUUAUUUUCGACCGAAAGCCAUUCUUUCCGGCGCCUUGCCAUCUUCUCCAUGAACUGGAAUACGUUGAGCAACCAGGCGCAGUACUUUUCAAGUUGAAUAGUCGUUUCCCAGACUUAUCGGGAGUUAUCCACUUUUUAUCUGAGACAACCAACUUGAUGAGCUUUAUAGAUGGGCACGCCAAUGAAUCUAAAGGUUUCGAAGACGACCGCUUUCUGAGCAGAACGUUCAACGGCUACGUUCACAAGCUUCUCUCAUUACCACGUACUUCUCAGACUUCAGAGAUCGAGAAAUGUCCGAAAAUCAUAGUUCGAGAAGCUGUACGUCGAGCAUGCAUCACUUUGUUUGCUUUACUACGAGAGAACUUUUCAAUCAAACCAAGCGGGGUCUAUGAACACAGAAAUCUGUUGAAAGAGCUUCUUUUACAGUACGAGAUUGACUGGACGCCUUACUUAGAGCUGCGCUUGUGGGUUCUUGCAGUAGCAGCACUUGCCGCAGAUAAUGUGGAAGUUCACUGGUAUAUGGAUGAAAUAUGCGGAACUGCAACGCAAAUGGGGCUUCUUGAAUGGGACGAAGUUCGACGAGUCCUACGGCAUAUCUUGUGGUCGGACCAAAUGUUCAAGUACCAGGAGGGUAAGAUUAGAGAGAUGUUCGAAAUGGCUGAUCAGUAA